CUGGCUGUCUCUACAGGCUUGCAGGCUGUUCUGUGAUUGGCUGUCGGGGGCGAGUUAAGAAGGCGGUUGGCAGUUUGAAUCUGAAGUGGAGAGUGGUCUCUGGGAGCGUGAGUGGCUGUAGCGGCGUGUGCAGCCAUGGCCUUCCUUAAGGCUCCUCUCAAGCGCUUUAACGAGGCCGCUGCUUAUGCCCCAUCACCAGGGUUCUAUGAGCUCAAAUCUUCAGAGGCAUUGAAGGGACCUGUGUCCUUUGACAAAUCCCAACGCUUUAGAAAGCAGAAAUCUCAACAGUUGAGAAAGCAGAAAGGGGAAAUGGAAAGUCAACCAAAUUUGAAUAGUGAAACGAAUGACUGCUUGCCCCGAACUGCAAGAAGACUUAAAUCUCUGGGAUCAACAGAUACAACCAUCAUGAAAGAACUGAAAAAACAAAAGAUGCUUGAGAAAGAGAUUCGUGCAUUAGUGAGAGAACGUGGAGAGCAAGAUAAAAGACUCCAGGCUCUAGAGGAGGAUUUCAUGAAGUCUGAAGCAAAACUAACUGCAGCAGUCAGGGAGAAAACCUCUCUCUCAGCAAAUGUUGCUUCCUUGGAAAAACAGCUUCUUGAAUUAACAAGAACUAAUGAAUUUCUAAAAUCAAAGUUUUCUGAAGAUGGCACACAGAAAAAAAUGAGCAGUCUAUGCAUGGAGUUAAUGAAGCUCAGGAACAAGAUGGAGGCAAAGAAUAAGAAUGUCCUUGCUAAACAGGAAGACAUGGAAAUGAAACUGCAGGCAGUCCAGAGGAAUCUAGUGCAUUCCAAAGGAAAAGUAGCACAGCUGGAAGAAAAACUAACUGCUACUGAGAGAGACAAGGUUGAAGAAAAGUCUGACACUGAGAAACUCUUGGAAUAUAUUACAGAACUCAGUGGAGUUGCAGAACAGAUAGAGAAGUACAAACUAGAUCUUCUCCAUAUGGAGCAGAUACUGGCACAAAAGGACCAGGACAUUGUGGCCUUGAAAGAUUGUUUUACAACAAAAGAAGAAGAGCUAUCUAAACUAAUCAAAGAGCUUAAUGAAAGGUGUCAGUUGCUUGAACAAGAAAAAGAGAAACUCUUAAUGGAGAACAGAGAAAAAGAGCAAAGUAUGAAUGCUGAAAUAGAAAGCUUGAAAAAGAGACUCCUCCUAGAGGAGCAAGAACACCAAAAACUUCAGCAGAAACAGGAGGAGAUCUGUUCUCAGCUGCAACAAGAGAAGGAACUUUCCACUUCCAUGUAUCAAAAGCUGCUAGAGUUUCAAGAAGAGAUGAAAAAUGAGAGGCUCCUUUUGGAGGAAGAACUGGAAGAAGCUAUGGAUGAGUUGGAUAAACUGCAUAUUAAGGAAGAAAAGGCUGAUAAGCUGGUAAAGCGCUUGGAACAAGAGAACAAGUCCCGAGCUGAAGAGCUAGCACAGAUGGAAGCAAAGCUGAAAGGGAAGAAUGCUGAGUUGGAGAGAACCAAUGAAACACACAGUAAAGCUAUUCUUCAGAUGCAAGAAGAGCACAGCAACACGCUGCGUAAACUUGGAGAAAAUGUCGCUGAAUUUGAAAGUUACAAGGGAUCUAUGACUGAAGAAAUGGCAUGUCUCCAACUGGACAAUUCUUCUCUACAGGAGAAACUAGUUGAGCUGAGAAAAGCAGGUCAGGAUACACAACAGCAACUCCAGGAGCUGGAACAUGCUAAAGACAAGGCAAAAGAGGAAUAUGCAAGGAUGCUUCUAGAUGCCCAAACAAAGCUAGCACUAAAAGAAGCAGAAAUAAGGAGAACCAAGGAAUCCUGCAUAGCACAGAUAACUAAACUUCAGGCAAAACUGGAAGAGCAAACUGAAGACUUCAAGAAACAGCUUGAAGUUGAAAGAUCAAGGAAAACUGUAGAUGAAAAGGUGGCUGCUGGCUUCAAAGAAGAGAUACAAACCUGGCGCACUCUCUAUGAAGACUUGCACAACAAAACUAAGCCUUUUCAGCAACAACUGGAUGCAUUUGAGGCAGAGAAGAAUGCUCUCGUGAAUGAACAUGGUGUAGCCCAAGAAGAGCUGAACAAAUUAAGUGAUGCAUAUGCUAAGCUACUGGGUCAUCAGAAUCAGAGGCAGAAAAUCAAACAUGUUAUGAAGCUGAAAGAUGAGAAUGCCCAGCUCAAACAGGAGGUUUCAAAACUCCGUGCUCAGGUAGCUAAGGAAAAACAAGCACAGAGAGAGCUUCAGGAGCAACUGCAUGAAAUUCAGGGCAUCAGGCGCUUUGAUUCUUCUAAAGCUUUCCAACAUGAUAGCAAGGAAAAUGUUGCUCCCAAGACUCCUUUAAAAGAAGGCAACAGGGACAAGUGCUGACCUGCUCUUGGUUUCAAGAGGAGCCUGUUAACUUGCUGGGAAAAGCGAAGUGCUGCUUAGAAGAUUCAAGGGACCAUAUGUACAUUAUAAAAUCAAGGAUCAAGGUUGCACAAUGAUGGGUCUAGUAAGAGCCCUUAAGGGAAAGGCUUUCUUUCAUAUUUUUAAAGAACAAUGCUAGGUUUAUAACCUAUUACCCAGCAGGCAAUGGAUGACUGUGCACUGUAAAGGUUCCCUGGUCAAAGCCUGCUUCACACUGGGACCCAGGGAAAUAUUUGGCAUGUCACUUCCUAGUAUAUCUAAACUGUCUCAAUUGAAGAGAACAAAAUACCAAAAGCAGACUUAAAAAUCUGUCCAUGUCUAUGGCCAUUUAGUACAACCGGUAACAAGUAUUUAAUUUUAAUUCAAGAAAUAAAGCUUUUUAUUUAGGUUAACUGCACAUGAUUCUUGUACAUUAAGCUAAACUUUUUCACUGUUUGUUCACGUGUGCUUACUGAUGGAAGGAAUGUUUUGUGAGAUCAGUCAUUUGUCUGGUUUCACAUGUGACUCCCUACACCACAGAAUAGAUGUGAAAUUCAGGUUGCAAAGUUGAUUUCCUAGCCGGGUCCAUGCCCCCUUAAACCACAGUUGACAUUCUAACUGACAGUCUUAGAGGUUAGUGACUAAAACAUAUUGCUGUAGAAGUCUCUGGUCAAGAUUGGCACAGACAGACUGAGAAUUUUGUUUGACUGCCUGUGCCCCUACAUCCUGAUGGGCUUCCAUAUCCAGGUAUGUCAGUGACCUUUAACGAAUGCUAAACUCACUGGGCUCUUAUGCAGUUAACACUUCACUUUUAUCUAGCUGUUUGCACAAACUCAACACAUGGGAAAACAAGGCAGCUGGUCUUCAUUGGAUGGAAGAUGUUCACUGCAUAAGUAGGGGUUUCAUUAUAUAAGGUUUAGACACUGGCAGUAUAGAAAGACAAUACACGUGCUUUGUUAAAAUGUUAUACUGGUAAAUAUGUAUAAGGUUUUUUUGGUUUGAAUAAAAAUGGUUUUAAUGAA